AUGGGCAAAAGCUUUCCUGGCCCAGAGACGGGCCUCUGGAGAAUCGUCCUCCGCCUCGUCGCUCUUUUCGCCGCCGUCUUUACAAUCAUUGUUUCGACUGCUGGCACAGCAUACCCCGUUGAGUCCUUUUGGUUCUACCUGCUUAUGGGCUUGUGCGGAUUGUGGUCCGUGAUCAAUCUUGUCUUCCUCUGCUGCAAGCGUGUCCCGCAUCCUGGCUGCAAUAUCGCCUUCGACUUGAUUGCCGCCAUAUUCGCGGCUUUCCUUGUCGCUGUCUCAGCUAUCGAUGCUACUAUCUUCGGGGGAGUACAGGGACGUGCGAUUGCUUGUACCGUGUUCUCCGUCAUUACUCUUGUCACCCAUUUCACUAUGUUUGUGCUUGCUUGCAUUGAUGUGCACCGUAGGCGGAGACUGCCCAAUCCCAAGGCUCCUUAUCGAGUCGUUUCACUCGAAGAAGUUUGA